AUGUCGAAAACUCAAAUGUUGAGAGUUUUAGUGAACCAGAGACUGAGUGCAGCUGCUGAAGAGAUCUUUGAGCUGUUUGAAAGAACGAUAUUAGAGUACGAGGAGAAACUCUGUGGAUCUCAAGAGAAUCAACACAAACAUCAGGACACUGUUUACAACCCUGAAGGAGACACACUGAUCACAGGUCUGUGGUUUCACCCUCAUUGUUUACUCAUUAUCAGUUCCUUCUGCGUCUAAAAGACGUGUCUUUCAGAUUCACAAAAAACAGAACAUGUGGUUAAUCAAUAACCUUUCCACUUACUUCUUUGCUCGUCUUUUCGCCGUCAUCUUCUGUGCCUAGAUCGUAAAACACCGGUGCAUCAUCAUUAUUGGUCCCUGGCAGCUCACUUCUAUUGUGCCUUUUUCUAUUUGCAUCCUUUUAUUUUCACAGUCAGUAACUCUUUUUUUCAUCGCCUUUUUUUUUUGCGUCAUUAACUUCCAUUGUGACUCCUUUUUUUUUUGCAUUCUUUUUUUAUUUGCAGCAGUGGCGGUUCUCGGCCACCGUACUUAAUAUUCCCAUCUCUACACACUGUAUCUUUAAGCUUUGCUCUUCGUUCUUCUCCACAGACACUCAGCAGUUUUUAGUGAGUAAAGAAGAGGUUCCUCCUGAGCCGCUGGACAGGAUCUUCAGUCUGGACCAUGAGGACCCACCAGAACCACCACACAUUAAAGAGGAAAAGGAGGAACUGUGGAGCGGUCAGGAGGGAGAGCAGCUUCAAGGAGUGGAGGAGGCUAAUGUUACGCUAAUAUUCACUCCUGUUCCUGUGAAGAGUGAAGAAGAUGACGGAGAGAAACCUCAGUCCUCACAGCUUCAUGAAAACGAAAGCAAAGAGAGCAGAAACAAGAGUUCUCACUCUGAAUCGGACACAGACAACAGCAGCUGGGAUUGGGAGGAGAUUAAAAGCUCUCAGUCGGGUCCAAACCCUGAAAACUCUGAGGUGCCUGUUAGUGAUGGGGAGGGUAAUACUGUAAGAACAGCAGAUAGUUCCUCUAAACGUGCUGAGGGCAUUAGCAGCAAAGAGUAUCAACUAAAAUACAGUCGACGCAAAGCAGGUCCGAAACCAUUCAGCUGUUCAGUUUGUGGGAAACGAUACCUGCGGAAGAAUUCCUUAUCAACUCACAUGAGACAUCACUCAGAGGGAACACGCUUCAGCUGCUCCGUUUGUAAGAAGAUUUUUCCAUGGAAAGGAGAUGUCGAGAGACACAUGAGAGUCCACACAGGAGAGAGACCGUACAAAUGCUCCAUCUGCGGCUCAAGGUUCGCUCAAAGCUCAACUUUAAACUUACACUUAAGAGUUCAUACAGGAGAGAAACCGUACACCUGCUCAGUCUGUCAAACAAGCUUCAGUCUCCGAAAUAACUUGGUUUUACACAUGAGGAGCCAUACAGGAGAGAGACCGUACAGCUGCUCGUUCUGCGGGAAAGGAUUUGCACUACGGGGAAAUCUGAAACGACACUUGAUUGUCCACACAGGAGAGAAACAGUACGGUUGUACUGUUUGUGGUCAGAAAUUUGCACAACAUGUAACUUUGAAAAGACACAUGACUGUUCACACAGGAGAGAAACCCUUUAGAUGUUCAGUGUGUGGGAAAAGAUUCGCUCAACAAACUUGUCUGAGAAGACAUUUGACCAUCCACAGAGAGGAGACUGUGUAG